GGGGGUAUUACCUUUGCGACCGGAUUUCUGUCCCUAGAUCAUACGCAAACGCAACAAUGGCGGAUAGUAAAGGAUCCGGGAAACCAGAUCCAAUUUUUACACCGGCGGAUAGGAUACGCCAAUUGAAUGAAGUGGACAAGGACGUGGCAAGACUAAUUCACUCUGCUGGCCUCGCGAUCCAAGCCCUCACCAACGCCAGAUCGGGCGACUCGCCAGGUGACAACACCCUCGAUUCCCACAAAGCCCGGUUCAAAGAAGCUACCUCUCAGUACUUUGCUCUCUUGUCGUCCAUUGACGUGCGACUACGCCGUCAGGUCUAUGCCUUAGAAGAGGCUUCUAUACUUGCGCCGGACGCUACUUCCCGGACAGGCGAUCUGCCUGGCGCGAGUGGGGGAGCGGCGGGGGCGGCGAACCCGUUGGAUGUCAGUUGGCUUAACAGCCGAAAGGAUACUGUAGGCAAGGACAAGGAGGCGGAGCUAUGGGCUGCUGCAAGAGGAUUUGUGGAGCAGAUCAGCAAUCCUGGGAUGAAGGGGGAGAGUAGUCAUGAAGGCAUGGAGGUUGAUUGACCACUUAGUUCGACUCUUUUUUCUCUUUACAAGGUGACGGAUGACUCCUAUGAUAAGAAAAAAUGGACGCUGCGAUAUGCUAGCUUCCUUUGCCACCUUCACUCUAUGCGCAGCAGUCUAUCUGGGGAGGUUAUGUCUGAUUCUCACCGUUCAACUUUCUUUUUAACUGUCUUGCUGAAAGCUCGCCUCGAGUCAAGGAAUUUAUGAUACCCAGAGCCAUUGAAUGAAAGAUUUGACCAUUAUCAAGGGUUUUUUGCGUAGAAAAUAAAAUCACCUUCGGCCAAAGAAUUUCGGGCGCGUGUAUAU